AUGGAAGGCUUGGUUCAAUGCUCUGCAAAUUAUUCGCCUCUCACUCCCGUAAGCAUUUUGGAAAGAGCUUCUAUGGUUUAUGGUGACCGAGUCUCGAUUAUCUAUGGUUCUUUGACAUACACUUGGAAAGAAACAUUUGAACGUUGCUUCAAACUUGCCGCCUCUGUCCUAAACCAAUUGAAAGUUGCCCAUGGCGAUAUUGUUGCAGCAUUGGGACCAAACACACCCGAGUUGUACGAGCUUCAUUUUGCUGUUCCAAUGGCAGGAGCCAUUGUUUCUCCACUAAACAUAUACCAAGAAUCAACCACAUUAGCUGCAGAAUUGAAACUGUUGGAAGCUAGAACUGAUCCUGCUGCUAAAACCGCCUCCCCUGGUUAUCAGCUUUCGGGUUAUCGUACUUUUGAUUCUCUUCUGAAUCCAACAAAUGGCUAUGGGUACGAGAUUGUAAGGCCAAAAGGUGAAUGUGAUCCGAUUUCCAUUGUGAUUACUUCAGGGGUUCCAAAAGGAGUCGUUCAUAGCCACAGAAAAGGAAAUAAGCUCCAUCGAUGUUGAAGCGGUGCUGUUUAGUCAUCCAGCAUUGUUGGAGGCAGCUGUGGUAGGGCGUCCGAAUGAGGUCGUUGGGGAGACAGUUUGUGCUUUUGUGA